CUAGAGGUGCUAGGGACAUCCUUAUCCUUUUUCUGACACCCUUCCCAUUACCUCGUUACCCAUCCAGUGUGCAUGCGAUGUCGCUGCAUGAAUGGGACGUGCGUCCUUGACGUGUUAGUCUGAUUCUCGUUGACAAGAGUAGCCCAGGCUGCUGUGUGCACUCAUCACCCUGAUCAGGGAAACCUGUCUAAGAUUUCUCGCACCGUGCUCGCGAAUCUCUCUUCUAGAAGCUCGUGUGCACACGCUGCCUCUCUCAAUAUCCGCGGUCGCGACCGCUUCCCCGAUUUCGACCGGUGUUUAGAUCUCGACCGUUGAAUGUACCAGCUGAUCGUCCAAUCCGUCGAUGCUGCGGUUCGCUGAGCCAAUCCUAUGCGGCUGAGCGUCCUAGUCGCCACUGAUAGCCGCAAAUCCUAAGAACUCGCUGGUAGCCGCCAGUUUGCUUUCACAUCAAUAAUACCUUUACCUAAACGUCGUUCUUUAGCAGGUCGUUCUGGAUCCAGUCCCUAGAGUUGACAUUGUUGCUGAAUGACCAGCUAGGGUUUCCGGCCUUGGUGUUUCGACCCCUCGUUGCUCAAACGUCGCGGUACCUGCUAUAAGAAAGGGCACCAUGCAGGCCUCGCUGUCGUCCCUUCACCGGACUCCAUGCGGAUGCAUCGUCCCUGGACGCGUCCCCUGUGCUCGUGCACACGUCCAAGCACAGCAGUCUUCCAGCCGGCAGCCACUCGUCAUGCAUCAGUCUGUUGGUCGUGGCGGGGCGUUCUCGCCCUCUCUUCCCACGCUUCCUAAUGCUGCCUCUCCCACCGCCGCUCCUGCCAGUGCCCUUCGCACCUCCUUCCUCCACCCGUGGGGUUCGCAGGGUCUAAGGGUCCCUGGGAGGAUUGAGCUAGGGAGGGGGAUGGGGCUACAUCCUGCCACCGGUUUGGCAGGAUUGGCAGCAGGCUUCCAGGGCACAGCACUAGGAGCAGGAGCAGGCGUUGGAAGGGGUAGAGGGCUUAGGCGAGCCCGUUCUCUGGGUGUAGUUUCGGCGAUUUCUGGUGCAGGUGCAACUGGGGGAGGGGGGGAUGCGUCUGGGUCCACGUCACAGUGGAAAGCAGGCAAAUCGAAAGCUGCCAGCUCGGCAUCAGGCUCUCCCGGCAAAUCGACAGGAGCAGCAAAGAAAGCGAAAGCGGCUAAGAAACGGUCCCAGGCCACGUCAGCAGCGGCUGACGCGGAUAAGGAAUGGGAUCCAGUUACCGAGUUACUGGAGCGGGUGCCGAACCGUGUGGAGCCGCAGGUUCGGGUGAACGGGCAGCUGAUGUCGCUCAAGGAGGCGGAGGCUCGGGCCGUACCUGCGCCAAUCCGAGCCUUGAACGCACUAGAGCAGGGGGUCGAGAGCGCUAGGGAGGCUGUCUUGGGGAAAGUGGCAGAGGCUCUAGGAGGGGUGGAUAAGGGUGUGAUUAUAGAGGAAGGGAGUGAAACGGGGAGUCUGGCAGCAGAGGGAAGGGGAGGGAAACAAGCUUCGGAUACAGUAGAUUCGGCAGAUGCAGCGUCGAUGUCCACUGGAGCUGUCUCGUCUGCUGCUGCUGCUGCACCUGCUGCACCCCCUGCCAACCCCGUGUAUCUUAAAGACCUACUCCGCGAGUUCAAGGGCGAGCUCGUGGUCCCCGAGGAGGCGUUCGCUCCGCGGGUGGUGGAAACCACCGCGUUUGAGCGCGCGCUGGCGGGCGCCCCGCCCAUGAGCGCGGCGGAGUUUCUGGGUUUUGCGGAGAAGAAGCAGGUGGCGCUGGUGACAUCGCGCGGGCUGAAGAGGCGCGAUGGGAGGUUCGAGUACUGGGAUGUGCUGGUGGAACUCAAGGAGGUGCCUGGGGAACCGGCCCUCCAAACCAACACCUGGAGGCUCAAGGUGGACUCGCAGUCCGUACCAGCAGUGCUGGCGGCUUACAAGGGGCCACAGAAGGAGGUUGAGACUGUGUAUUCGACCUUUGUCGAGGUGCCAUCAGCCAAGCCCCUUCCAGCAGCCUCCACCAUUUCCGGGCGAAUCUUCCUGGAAUGCUCCAUCCUAGCGUCGAUUCUGCAGUCCUUCCUUGCCACUCUUAUCGCCUCUUCCACUGCCGCCCUCCUCCUGGCCUCCUCUGCCGUACUCUUUAUAGUCCGAUCCGUUUUGUGGCCCCUGGCGAAGCCUCUCCUAGCGCCUGCUGUGUGGGUUGUAGCGGCUGUAGCGAAUAAGAUUGCUGGUGUUGUCACUGCCACGUGGGCGAGUCUCUUUGCUCCAGGUAGCAGCAGUCUAUUCGGAUUCCUACAGUUGCAGCUGGCAGCUUUGUUUGGCAGCGGGGGACUAGCGGGAGGUAUUGCUGGCGCUACUGCGAACGCGUCCGGGGAUGCGAUUGCUGACGUGGCGGUUGACGUGGCGCGGGAUAUUUUCAUAGGAAAGCUGAAGAGCUCGGCCAAGGCGGUUGGGAUGAUGGUGUUUGUGGUGCUGUUUAUGGCAGCAGGGGCUAAAUUCACCCUCAACAGACGGACCAGAGACUACACUAAGUGGGACAUCUGGCAAGCCAUUGAGUUCGGCCAGUCUAAGCCCCAGGCUCGAGUGGAGGGAUCUACAGGAGUGAAAUUCGAGGACGUGGCAGGCAUCGAUGAGACAGUGCAGGAGCUGCAGGAGCUAGUGGAGUACCUCAAGGACCCCCAGCGGUUCAACCUCAUGGGCACCAAGCCGCCGCACGGGGUGCUGCUGGAGGGUCCCCCAGGAUGUGGCAAGACACUCCUGGCUAAGGCCAUAGCAGGCGAGGCAGGCGUGCCCUUCUACCAGAUGGCAGGCUCUGAGUUUGCUGAAGUGCUGGUGGGAGUUGGGGCUGCUCGCGUGCGCGACCUCUUCAAGCGAGCCAAGGUCAACAAGCCGGCUGUGGUCUUCAUCGAUGAAAUCGAUGCCCUUGGUGCUGCCCGAUCCUCCGCAGGAGGGGACGAGGGAGCAGACGCAGGUGUUACGGAGCGAGAGACAACCCUCAAUCAGCUGCUGAUCGAGCUCGACGGGUUCGAUACAGGCCAGGGCGUGGUGUUCAUCGGGGCAACCAACCGCAUGGACAUGCUGGAUGCUGCCCUGCUGAGGCCGGGGCGAUUCGACAGAAAGAUCACCAUCGUGCCUCCUGGGUCCAAGGGCAGAGCAGAAGUGCUGCGGGUGCACGCCAAGAAGGUCAAGAUGAGCCCGCACGUGGACCUCGAUACCAUCGCCGCCAAUCUUGCAGGCUGGAGCGGGGCACAGCUUGCCAACCUACUCCAAGAGGCUGCACUGGUGGCUGUGCGGAGAGGGGCGACGGAGAUCGAAGACGAAGACCUGUACACAGCAGCAGACAGGCUGACCCUGGGCACUCCCAGGGAGAGGUGGGGCGCGGAGCAGGGCAAGCAGCCGCUGCUGGUGCGGCGCAUGGCGGUGCAUGAGGUGGGGCUGGCGCUCACGGCGCUGCUGCUGAUGGAGUAUGACGAGGCCCAGGUGGAGCCGCCACAGCGACUCUCCAUUGUUCCCCGAGGCGAGACCCCUUCUUGGACCGUAUUCAACCGUAUUGAUGAUGAGUCAUACCUCUUUGAGAAGAGGCGAACUCUGCUGCACCGGCUGCAGGUACUGCUGUGUUAGGAUUAAGGACAGAGUCUAGG